UUCGGCACAGGAAAAUACGUCGAUGCAGUCAAACGACGUCUGAGUAUGUGGUGGGAGAAAACCCACAGGAACAAUAACAGGACCACAACUGGUGAAAAAGACUGAGGAACUGUGUUUUUAGGCUAGGACGCGCACUGCCCCCGCAGAACGCUGUCCGCCCGGUAUAAAGGGAACGGCCAACACGAUCAUCAUCAUCAUCAGUUUGUUGUCGGCGCUUCACGUUUUAAUGAAAACUUAGCGCGUCGUAUCGCAUUUAUUACUUACCAUAAAUACCCUGUCUGCCUCGAAGAGCUGAUAAUGUCAGCAUUGGGCAUUUUGUUUCGGGGAAUACGGCGUUGGGAAACUGUUUGUCAUCCAGCAUUGUCCCGUUCGCUCAGAGGUGAACCUCCCGAGAAGGCUAAAUCACUUGAGCAAAAGCUGAAAGAAUUAAACGCUUUUGAUCCUGAAGUGGAAGCACGGGUAGAUAUUGGCUUAUAUAAACCGCCAACGGAGAGCAACAGAAAGGAGCGCCUCAAAGUUUGGAAAGCCAACAGAAAUAGCUUUGCGUUAGCCGAGGAUUCUCGUAGUGGAGCAUUGAAAAUCUCCUACCAGGAAGUGAAAAAUGAGUGGAGGAACUCUUUGGCACACAAUGCUUUGCGUGAAAUUGCUGAACAUUACGGUAUCUUCACAGACCUGUACGAGUAUGGGUACUUCAACCCAAUUGUCCCGUUAGAUAUUUAUUAUGAUUAUGACGAUGAACAUUUCACGCCAGUCCACUCUGGAAACAUUAUACUUCCUUCUGAGGCGACGAAAGUGCCAGUAGUACAUUUUGAGUCAGAACCAGAGACACUAUGGACUUUAGUUCUCACAAGCCUCGACGGUCACUUACUUGAGCACGAAAUGGAAUACCUGCAUUGGUUCGUGGGCAAUAUCAAGGGUGGAGACAUGGCAAAUGCAGACGUACUGUGUAGUUAUCUGCAGCCUUUCCAUCCCAAAGGAACUGGCUAUCAUAGAUAUGUUUUCGUCUUGUACAAGCAAGAAGGUCAUCUGGACUACACGGAUGUAAGACUGCCAACUAACUGCACAAGUCUGAAGCAGAGGACGUUCAAGACGUAUGAUUUCUACAAGAAGUAUGAGGACAAGAUAACACCAGCUGGGCUUGCAUUCUUCCAGUCUGUGUGGGAUGAUAGCCUUAUGGAUUUUUUUCAUCACACCCUAAAAAUGAAAGUCCCGGUGUUCGAUUAUGCACACACCCCAGAGUAUAUUCCCCCUCAAGUGAAGUACCCUCAUAAGGAGGCAUUUAACUUGUAUUUGGACAAGUAUCGUGACCCUCGUGACAUACGACAAGAAGUGUUCCUCAAGAGACUCAAAACCUUGCAUCCGUUUCAACAAGAGAAACCUAUGCCAAAAUACCCAAACAUUUACAAGAUACCAAGGGGAACACCAUCUUGGCUUGUGGAUGAAAUGAGGAAGGAGCGCUUCAGGAUAGGAAAAUACAGGGACUUGCAACCAUUUUCUCUGUACCCAGUAGCAGAAUAUGAAAAACCAGAAGAAAAAGCGCUUCGAGAGCAGGAAGAAUUGAAACGAAAAUGGCAAGAAAAGAAAGCAACAGCUAGAAAAUCUUCCAGAGAACGGCCAACUUAAGUAGCUGUUCUCCAGUGUAAAGUAGAAUCUGGUGAUUGUGCUGUUUUUGAAACUGUGUACUAGGUCAUUAACAACAUCUCAUUCUUUAUCAUUGCUGCUAGGCCAUCUGAUUUUUUGCUCAUAGGAGAGGUGCCUAGGAGCCUAACAAGAUGCGAAAAUAAAAUCGACACUUGUAGCACA